AUGCGGAGGGCAACAACGUCGCUCGUCCGCCGCAGCCAGCGGCAAUUUUCGCAAGCAGUACACCCUCCAUUGCAGAUCACAACUCUGCCCAACAAAAUCAGAGUUGCUACUGAGUCGACUCCCGGUCAUUUUUCAUCCGUUGGACUCUAUGUAGAUGCGGGAUCCAGGUAUGAGGACUCAUCGACCUCUGGCGUUAGCCAUUUUCUGGACAGGAUGGCCUUCAAGACUACCAGCUCUCGCUCCACGGAAGAUAUGGCAACCGCAAUGGACAAGCUGGGUGGUCAAAUCAUGUGCUCUUCGUCACGCGAAUCCAUCAUGUACCAAUCGUCCAACUUCGACCAAGCUACUCCUCUCGCGCUUUCUCUCAUAUCAGACACCAUCUUAAAUUCCACAUUUCUACCCGAUGAACUCGACGCCCAGAGAGAUGCCGCUCGUUAUGAGAUCCGAGAAAUUGGUCAGAAACCCGAGAUGAUUCUGCCAGAGGUCUUGCAUGAGGUUGCAUACGGCAGGAAAACACUUGGGAAUCCUCUCUUAUGCCCAGAAGAGCGAAUAGACGCAAUUACCGGAGACCUACUUCGGGACUGCAUUACAAACUGGUACCGCCCGGAGAGGAUGGUGAUUGCUGGUGCUGGGAUGCAUCACGAACGACUAGUGGAGUUGGCUGAUAAAUAUUUCUCAUCCCUCAAAUCUGCGCCAACACCAUCAGUUUCAUCACCUCAGCCGUCAGCUACUCAGAAUCUACCACCACACUUACUUCCCUCAUCCUCACCCUCGCUCUACAAGUCAUUAACUCGCGCUGCAUCAACAUAUCUGUACCCUUCGUCCCUUUCUACCGAGCCACCACUUCCUUCACUGAACCCUCACUCUAAUUACGUUGGUGGCAUCCAUCACAUCCCCAGUACGACAGAGUUCGAUCAACUCUACCUUGCCUUUGAGGGUGUAGGUAUUCAUGACGAGGAUAUAUAUACCCUUGCCACUAUGCAAGUCCUCCUUGGAGGUGGUGGAAGUUUUUCAGCUGGUGGUCCUGGGAAGGGCAUGUACUCUCGACUUUACACACACAUCCUGAAUCACUACACCCAAAUCGACCAUUGUGCUUCCUUCCAUCACAUUUACACGGAUUCCUCACUCUUUGGCGUCUUUGCCUCGUUCGUCCCCAAUGUUCCCGGCCAGAGAGGCAACACUCCUGCACAAAUGCUGCCCCACCUAGCUAAUCAACUUAGCCUGCUUAUAUACCAACCUGUUCCCAAAGUUGAGCUUGAGCGCGCCAAGAAUCAACUCAAAUCAAGCCUGAUGAUGGCUCUCGAGAGUCGGGCGGUGGAAGUGGAAGAUCUUGGCCGACAGUUGCUUGUCCACGGUCGGAAGAUUCCUGUGACUGAUAUGACUGCGGCCAUAGACAAGGUGACUCCUGACUGCGUGCGCCGCGUCGCUACUAGACUAUUCGCACCUUCGUCUGGAAACAAAGCUACGAUUUUGACGAUGGGGCGCGGGGAUAUAGGAGAUUGGAAGGCGACGCUUAAAAAAUAUGGUGUCGCAGGAGCUUGA